AUAGAGCUACUACCAGCUGUCAGCUUGCUCAAGGUCUCUUAGACUUUUACGCGACAGCCAGUUGCUCAUCUCAUAGCUCAACCACCAUGACGGUGGCGAGUCCAAGCUCGCACCUGUCGGUGAACCUUGCCCCUACAAUAGGAAGCAUGUUCAUUGGGCCUGGCAUCUUUUCGUCAAUGUUGUAUGGAUUCGCAUGUGCUCAAUUGAUGUACUAUCUACGCAACUACACGACGAAAGACCGGCUGCCGGUGAAAGGCCUGGUCCUCUUUGUAUGGCUGCUUGACACGACUAUCACCGUCUCUGAUAUACGUAUGAUCUUUUACUACCUUAUUCAAAGUCAUGGCCGUUUUGCCAUGAUCCUCUUGAUCCCGAAGGUAUUCGCGCUCGAGUACGCAACCACGGUAGUGACCAUCUGUGUUGUGCAGUUGUUCUAUGUCCAUGAGAUAUGGCAAUUGCUUCAGACACUGCCGCGCCAGUCGAGGGUGCUGAUCAGCCUCAUCCCAGCAGUAAUUUCCAUUAUCGCUCUUGGUAUGUCCGCUCGUCCAACUUGAACGAUAGCAACAACAAGGAGCAGACUAACUGUUGCAUCCUAGCUCUCAGCCUCGGUACGAAGCAAUGCUCAUAUUGUGAUUGGAAACUACGCUGAUUGCAUUCUGAUCUACCAGUGGGGGUGUGGGCUUCCAGGUAAGAUA